AGGCUCCCUGCAGCCUUCCGGAAGUUAAAUGGUGGGAGCUUCAGCCUCGGGUCCACAGCCCCCACGGAAGCGGAAACAGAAUCUCAGCGUGCCCCUUCCUCACCGUCUUCCAAAUCCCGCUGCAGCCAUUGCCGCAACCACGAUGCCGAAACGAAAGAAGCAGAAUCAGCAGCAGCAGCCGCCGCAGCAGCAGCUCCCACUGCUAAAGCGGGAAAAGACUGAAGACGAAGAGGAUGGGAUUCCCAUCGGACCACCCAGCCUUCUGGGCCCUCCCCCCAUGGCCAAUGGAAAGCCUGGUGACCCCAAGUCAGCCCCAAACUGGAAUCCACCCACAUGUCCACCAUCACUAGAAUGGAUAAAUAAGUUGUUGUGUGUGCAUGCAAUGGGAUACUACACUGCACUGAAAAUGAACGAGCUCCUGCUACAGGCAACUUGGAUGAAUCUCACAAACAUGAUGUUGAGCGAAAGGAUCCAGACACAAAAGAAUGCAGACUCUCUUCACAGAGGUCCUCCAGGAUCAAGGGGACCGGUGAUUCCACCACUGCUGAGUCUCCCACCUCCUUCCCGGGGCAGAGGCCCGGUUUGGGGAGGCUUAGGCCCCAGGUUUGGCCCAUAUGGUCGUGGUUGGUGGGGGAUCAAUGCUGAGCCUCCUGUUCCCGGACCAAGCCAUGGUCCUUCCAGGGGAGGCUUUCACAAAGAACAGAGACAUCCUCGAAGGCUCAAAAGCUGGUCACUUGUCAAAAAUACCUGCCCACCCAAGGAUGGACCCCAGGUUAAGGAAGACAAAUCUGAUCGCCCUGUCUGCCGACACUUUGCCAAAAGGGGCCACUGUCGAUACGAGGAUCUCUGUGCCUUCUACCACCCAGGCGUCAAUGGACCUCCUCUGUGAGAAUGUGCCUUCCCGUCCAAGCUGGAAGGAGCCCUCUGUGACCUAGCGGCCAUGUGUUUGCCUGGGGCCCUGUGAUGGCUCUGUGAGGUGUUCCACCCACCACCCUCAGUCAGUGACGCCUGCCCCGACCCAUCACUUCCGCGUUUGGGGUCCAGAGUUGUGUUUCAUCAGUGGUGCACAGUGUGCACUUUCUUCUGGUUCAGCCUCCAGGGACUCGCCUUCCGGACCCCAUCUUGGCUGCCUUUAGAGGCUUCCCCUCACCAACUGACUGCUGAACAGGAAACCUAUUUGGUGCUGUUUCUUGUGCAUCUGUCCACCCAGCCCCCAGUAUUGCCCUCAAUUCCUGAGCCUUGGAGCAGUUUCCUACCAUUCCCUUCUUCUAGCUGCUUGUUUGAAGUCCUUUCUAUGUGACGCCCCCUACUCCUUGUGGUGUCAGCUGCUCUGUGAAACUCACCAGGUUGUCUGACCUGGGAUCAAGUUUGGGUGACUGGUACAGAGUCACUCCAUGGAGGCCACGCUCCCUUUUUUUUCGUAGUUUCUGCAUCAGUAGCGUGAUCCCUGCUGCUGUGGUCUGUGAUCACUGUGCUUUGUGAAACUGUGCAUCCCCUUAUAGCCGUUCUCAGUGUCCAUGGCAUUUUUGUGACUUCCCAACACUAGAAUAUUUCUGCCAAAAUGAGGGAGGCUCUUGGUGCCCUCUAGUUUUUCCCCCACCUCCUAACCUGGGAGAAUUGUGAAACUUUCCACAAGACUGCCUCCCUGGUCCUCCCCAUUCCUCUGGGGUUGGUUUUUAUGGGUUUCACACAGACCUGUGAGAUGUCCUCUCAAGCCUCUGAUGGGCCUACCCUAUCUCCUGUCUCCAUUUUCGUUAGACUUCGUCAUUGUGAGGCUGCCAGCCUGUUCAUGUGAAUUCUGUGAAUCUCCAUCUGGCCUACUUUUGGGUAGAAACUGUACAAUACUGUCAC